AAUCUUGCACAUUAAAAGAAAUAACAUUUGUCAUUAGAUUUCGCGACCCAUGCACAUGUUCUUUUCAUUUUUAAAUUUUAUUUUGCUAAGUUUUGAGUUUAUAGCCUCUCUUAUAACUAUUUUUAAGUAUUGAAUAUCGCAUUGUAUAAUUACAAGAAUACUUUGAAGCAUAGGUACAAAAGUUACAAUACCGUAUAUAAGAAAAGGGAGGUAAUAAAAAUACUAAAAAAGAAGAACAGGAAAUAAUUUGAGUCCAUCUUUAUUUAUUUUUGCCCAGAUUUUUCAAUUGUUGUAACAUAUCAAUAUACUGAAAGCCAAUAUUCUGUAAUAUAAGUUUUUGAUUAACCUGAUAUUUUGCGAAGAAUUGUUGAGUAUAUAUUGGAGUGUUAGCAGGUUUUAUUUUAUCAUAGACGCAACGUAACUACUUGAAAAGUAUUUUUAUACACCUUCUAUGGAAGGUCAAGGAUGUCUAAAAUACACAGAAUGGCAACUGGUGAUAAUCUGGAGUAAGCUCGUGUCACAACGUUACUGAUUGAAUAGCGAACAGUGCAGCUCAUGAUCAGCAGCUGAUCUUGGACACUGGUCGCAAAGGCAAAAGCACUUGCCACCAGCAGGCUAAAGAUUACAGGUUGAAGUGAUGAGUGAAAAGAAGUCAUUAGCAAAACCAGAUCCACCAGAGGGGGGCUGUCAUUUCUUUGUGGAGCGAAAGAGGAGAUACUGCCGCUUCAAACCCACAAAGGAUUCAAAUUACUGUGCUGAACAUGCCAGUAUCUCUGGGGUUGAUUUGGGAAGAAAAAGGAUGACAUGCCCAUAUGAUUCAAAACACACAUGUUAUACAGACAAAUUGAACCAUCAUAUGAAGAAAUGUCCAAGCAAACCAAGGGAUAUGCCAGCAUAUUACAGUGCAGGGAUAAAUUCUGGAGAUGAUGCUGGGGAAGAAGUUCCAGAUCCAAAGGAAACAGUUUUGACUGUACCUAUUGAUGAGCUGCAGGCAGUAAUUGAAAAAGUGAACAGACUUUAUGAUGAAUAUGUAGGAGAGCUAGAGAAAGAAGUGCUUACACAUGCCUGCCUUAGGGAAGAACUAGAAAACCAGUCUUAUGGAACUGCUGCUAUACGUCAUAGAAAACAGCAGGCAUCAAUUAUUGGACAGAUGGAGAAACUUGGCUUGUUGACAGAUGGAAAAUGUUUCUUGGACAUGGGUGCAGGCAAAGGCCAGUUGUCACAUUGGUUACAUGGUGCUGUGCAGAAAUAUAAAGACAUUGGUUUUGUUCUUAUUGAUAGAAGUCAUGUAAGAAACAAGAUGGACAAUUUACACAGAGAAGAAAUGAUCAUGGAGAGAAUAAAGAUUGAUAUUGAACAUCUCAGACUGGGCAAAGUUCCAAGUGUGGAUUCUCAUGACAGAGCUGUUGUAGCUUAUGGGAAGCACCUGUGUGGACCUGCUACUGACCUUGCAUUGAGAUGUGUCACAGAAACUUUGUCUGUAGUGGAAGAUAAUACAGAGGAAGAUACUCAACGAAGAAAACGUCUCAAGUCAGACCAUAGGAAGCUAGCUGGAGCAGUAAUAGCAUUAUGCUGUCAUCACAGAUGCACCUGGAAACCUUAUGUUGGGAAAAACUUUUUCAAACAGUGUGGACUAUCUGCCAGAGAUUUUCAGGUCAUAUCCAGUAUGAGUAGCUGGGCAACCUGUGCUUGGAAAGGCUGGAGCUAUCAGAGAAAGGUUGCAGGUCAAAGUGUCAAAGCAGCUGACAGUCAGUCAGAAAUUGUAGAUGAUGAUAUAAAAGCCAAAGUUACUGAUGAAUCAGAUGAGAGUAAAUCAGAUAUAAAAAUUAGUUCUCAGGCAAUUUCUGGAAAGGAAAUAUCUGAAGACAGUUCUUACCAGAGUGGUCAAGGAUCAGAGGUCAAGGUUUCCAGUUUGUCUCAAGGUCACACAGCAAAUUUAGAUGAUGAAGAAGAUGAACACGGUCAAGAGGAGAACACUACAAACAUAGGGAUUACAUCGAAAUUGAGUCAAGAAGAAAGGGAAGUGAUAGGUAGAAAAUGCAAGCGUCUCAUUGAUCAUGGCAGAGUCUGCUACCUCCAGGAGCAUGGAUUGAACAGUUCACUCAAAGUAUAUGUGGAGGAAUUCUACACCCCAGAGAAUGUAGUUCUUGUUGCAUGCUAAACAUUUACCUUGUUCAAUUGAAUGGUUUAUAACUUAAAUAUAUAUUAAUCAUUUGUUCAAAUUGAUGCAUUAGAUACACUACGUUUAAAAUGAAGAUAGAUUUUCCAUAUAAAGGGCUUUCAUUUCAGGUAAAUUUUAAGGAACAUAGUGUUUCAGGAUUUCAAAUAUCAACUUUUGAUUCUAGUCUGUUUUUUAUGGGGAAUUAACAUCUUUUCAGAAGUUCCAUUUGAACCAAAGUGCUCAAAUUUUAUUCCAUCAGAAAAGCUGUACAGCACAAUUUUAACUGUGUUUUUAAUAUUUGCCUCAUGCAAAUUUUUGUUCAUAAAUCAGCAGAUAUAUAGUGUGCUGUCAAAAAGAUUUAGUCUCAGUAAACAAGAUCGAGUAAUAUGUACCGGUGUUGUGUUGAAGUGGUUCCAAAUUUAUGCAGUGGACAGCUUGACCAGCAGUUAAAACUUGAGCAAUUUGGUCCUGGACAGGCUUUGAUAUUAUCAUUUGACUUCUUUGAAUAAGUAAUUGAUAAAUCCCAACCUGCCAAGCUAUUGAUUUAUUCUGCAUGUUGUCUUUGCAAUUUAAGGUUUUAGUCAACCUGAAUAAAACGCUCUGAGUUGACUUUUAGUAAAGUGGUAUUGUCGGGCUCCAUUAGUUGUUACAUGUAUUUCUGUUUACAGAAUAGUGUAAAAGCCAAGUUUAAAUUGUCAGAUUUCUGAUAUGUAUCUCCUAAUUGUUACAUAAGCCACUGACAUUUCAUUUUAAGUGGUAACUAGAGUGAAUCUGCUGAUUGUCUCAUUAGUCACUGAUGGUUCCUUUUAAAUAGUAACCAUAGUGCAUCUGUUUCUUGUUUCAUUAAUCGCUGACUGUUCAUUUUAAGUGGUAACCAUAGUGAUUCUGCUGACUGUUUCAUUAAUCACUGAUAUUUCAUUUUAAGUGGUAACCGUGAGGUGGGUAGAUUGAAAUGUGCCUUUUCCAAGGAAGCACACAAAUUUUCAUGUGACUGUCUGUGCUGCUCAAAACUUCAUUUCUUCCUAUCGUUAUAUAAAACUUCCUUCAUUUCUUCCUAUCAUUAUAUAAAACUCCCUUCAUUUCUUCAUAUCAUUAUAUAAAACUUCCUUCAUUUCUUCAUAUCAUUAUAUAAAACUUCCUUCAUUUCUUCCUAUCGUUAUAUAAAACUUCCUUCAUUUCUUCAUAUCAUUAUAUAAAACUUCCUUCAUUUCUUCCUAUCGUUAUAUAAAACUUCCUUCAUUUCUUCCUAUCAUUAUAUAUAUAUAUUGUCAUUAGCAAAUCUUGGCAUGUUUAUUUUGGAAUGCAGGCCAGCUAGGCCAUAAGUCAACUCAGGCCAGUACCAACUUGGGGAAAAGCAAAGUCGGCUCAGUCCAUCUUGUCUAAAAAAUACACUGCAUUUUGCCAUUUAGUUUUUCCCUGUCAGUGAAUAUUGCAUACCUUAAAGUAUGAGUUACUGUGAAAAUCACUAAAAAAGAUUAUCACUUGAUUUGACAACAAUGGAUUAAAACACGAUCCUCUGUCAGUAUUUUGACAAAAUAGCAUCUCUCCUUAUACUUGAAAAAUGUGACCCCUUUCGAUCUGGUCAUUAGGUGUCCAAAUUUGUAAACAUCAUCUAACUUAGUCCAGUAUAUAAUACCUGACAUGAUUAUUUUUCAUUUUGACGUUUUCCUGUUAUGUAGUGGGUAAAGCUGAUUUGACCCGUGUCAAAAAAAGUUCUUCAAAUCCACUAGAUACAUUUAAAUUGUUGGACUACAUUAUCUAAAAUUGCCAAUACCUGAAUACGGUACUUACCAACACCCUUCCAAAAGUGGUAUCUUUUUUUCCUAUGUUAUAUUUCAUUGAUUUAGCCACCUGAAAACAUGUUCUUAUGUGGUUGACAUCUUCAAAAUUCUCAACUACGUCGGUAUAUAUGGUAAAAUAUCUCUCCACAGCGCCCCACGGAGCAGAGUUGGUGGCCAUAUUUGCUGAACGGUGUAUCUGUAAAAAAAUACUUCCAAAAACAUGCGCAGUAGGCAGAGUAAAUAUGCUUGCUUAUUAAUUAGGUACCACUAAUGGUGCUCCUUUUGUGCUUACCUUUCCAAGGAAUCCUAGACAGGAAGAGGAAGUAGAUAAUGUAAAGGGAGGUAACCCAAUUUACUGAGUUGUCUCCCUUGGUUUUUCAUUAGCAAAAUGAAUAGAGAACCAACGAUUGGCGGGCCAGAAUUUCUGCCAUAGCAAAUUUUCGAUUUGUCCCCCAAAUUCUGACUAUCCUGUUCAGAUAUUUAUUUAAAUAUAUACAUGUCAUUGUCAACAUCACUCAGGUGUACAUCAUCUCUGCAAUAAAAACCUGGUGUUUCCCUAUUUAAUGAUUUGUGAUUCAGGUAACGACCGUUAUCGUUCUGCUGUAUAAAAUUUCUUAUUUUCCUAUUGACAUUUUUACAUUUCAAACCCAUUGUCUUUGCUGAGGCAAGAUUGUUAGGGGUGUUUCUCCAAUUUAGCCUAGGGAGAAUGUAUGUCAUACUAUAAGUGAUUCUGGAAAGUUCAGAAAGAGGUAAUCAGUAGCUUUCUUUACACUAGAAAUUAUUUGGCAAGUAUUAGAAGAAGAAAUGUAGUUUCCACCUACAUAUAAAUUAUGAGGUUAGGCGUUUUUCCCCCUGUAAAAUGUAAUAUUGUAUAGCAGAGUGGAGUUCCUGAACUAUCAUGCCAGAUCUGUUAUCCAGGUCAGUAGCAUUUUCAUGCCAUAAUGAAUUUCUUGCCACAGUCCUACCAUCUGCCCAAUUUACCGAGUCGCCUAACACCUAUACCUCUUUUACUGGCUGUGCCUCAGUUUCUGGUGCCAAAAUUUCCACCACUUCUUCAACCUCUUAUUCUUCUUUGCCUCACUUUGUGUGGUAGGACCUCUUGAGGCUUUCCUUUUACCAGGCAUGUUGUUUGUAAGAUUGCUUACUUAGAUUAAGUAGAAACAAAUGACAUACUUUACAGCUUAUUUGUAAUGAAUGGCAUUGUAAAAUGUACUGUAUCCUUGUCCUGGCUGAUUCGACCAAGAUUCUCAAACUUCCAUGAGUGAAUAUUAUGUCUCCUUGGCUGAUUACCAGUCUUACCCUAAUUAUCUUCCUUGACUAAUUCAACAAAAGUCUUGCAAAAUUAAAUUUGGCAUUAUUGUGAUGGCAAUAAGCCUUAUUAUUUCAUUAUUUCAAGAUAGAAGCUGCGAUCUAAUCCUUCAGCACUAUGAACUUGGACAGUGGAUAAUAAGAACAAAUGAAGUAAAUUGCAUUUUGAUAAUCUUUUCACAUUAUAAGGUUUCUCCCACAUCACAAACAUAUCAAUUGGCAUUUUUAUAAUUAAAGACUUAAACAAUGGCAUAUUUCGACCGCAAUGACAAAUAAGUGUGUAAAAACUUCCCCUGGUUGUCAAACACAUAGUUCCUGUCAUAAGGUAAAUACCUUUGAUCAUCAGUUACCAGUGAAUGUCAUAAGGAAGUUUGGAAAACUUCAAGACCGCCGAGGAUCAGACUGUGUCAUUGUGCUUAAUAUUUAUCGGUCGUGGUUAUGCAACCCUAAUAAUUGUACAGAUAAUUUUCCACUGUAAAAUUUCAAUAAUAGAUAGUCUCAGCUCUAAACAAAAUAUGGUCUAUACUCUGAGCCAAAUAUAUCUCCGCUCUACUGAUAUUACAUCUCCGCUCUACUGAUAAUAUAUCUCUGCUCUACUGAUAAUAUAUCUCCGCUCUACUGAUACUGCUCAGAGUAAAAUAAGAUCUCCAUUUUAUUAUUACAUCUCCUUAAAUGCAGCUGAGCCCGCCUGUUCCGAGCUGACCCAGCAAUGUGAAACAAAAUAUACAACAUUAGCAUCUGUCCCGCAUUGGUCAUCAACAAUGUACCCAUUGUGCCAUAUGAAGGGAAGUAGUUAACGCAAUAUAAUAAUGCUUAUUUGUAUAAAGUUAAAGUGUACAAUAAAUUAUGAAUUAUGUGUGCAGAUAGAGACAAGUUUAAUAAUGACACCAUCUAAUCCCCAGCAUCCUAGAAUUUUCCGAUGCUUAAAGACAAGAAAAAAUCAUUGCGGCACCUAAAAAUAUAAACAAGGUUAAACAUAUCAUAUUCUUAAUAUUAUAUGAAUACUGGCAAUAUAAUGUAUGGCGGCCAGAUGGCAUUGUUCAUUGAACUUAAGUUUAAACACUAUUAUAAAACACAAUUAUAGCUUCACUCCUCGGAAUGUCACACAGUUCAGUCACUUAUAACUGUAAUACACAACAACAGCUUCCUAUCCGAAUGUUAGUCACAGUGCACUUAAGGUCCAUGGAAAAUUCCUGUUCACAAUCUUAAGUUUCUCAAAAUAAUCUCACUGGUAAUUGUCGACUGUUCAUUACAAAAUUUGGAGUCCCAGUGUAGUCUGGACAGAUUCGUCUGUUGUUGUGUUAAUGCCCAUCUGGACUUUAAAGUGGCUCGCCAUCUCAGUUCAUAUACCAAUGUCUAUAUACUGAAAAGAUAAAACUUCACGGCAGUUCAACAGCUCACAACAUGAUUAAACACAAUAACAGUAAAGAAGUGAUACAGAUCUAUAACAGCUGAAUCCUACAUAGCAAAGCUUUAUGGGUGUGGCAGGUGGGUUUAAAAAAUUUUCGACCUUGUUUGUUUUGCAGACAGUUUUGAAAGGGAGAUAACUUUUGAGGUACUUCCUGUUUAUAAAAUUACAAAGGGAGAAAACCAUGCCUAAACUAAUAAUUAAUGGUAGCAAUGGUUUCCUCCCUUGAAGCACUCAGCUCUACUGAAAUAAACUGGCAUUAUAGCAUAAAGCAAUAAGCCUUGUUAUUUCAAGAUAGAAGCUGCGAUCUAAUCCUUUAACACUAUGAACUUGGACAGUGAAUAAUAAGAACAACUGAAGUAAAUUGCAUUUUGAUAAUCUUUUCACAUUAUAAGGUUUCUCCCACAACAUAAACAUAUCAAUUGGCAUUUUUAUAAUUAAAGAUUUAAACAAUGGCAUAUUUCAACCGCAAUGACAAAUAAGUGUGUAAAAACUUCCCCUGAUCGUCAGACACAUAGUUCCUGUCAUAAAGGAAAUACCUUUGAUCAUCAGUUACCAUUGAAUGUCAUAAGGAAGUUUGGAAAACUUCAAGACCGCCGAGGAUCAGACAGUGUCAUGUGCUUAAUAUUUAUCGGUCGUGGUUAUGCAACCCUAAUAAUUGUACAGAUAAUUUUCCACUGUAAAAUUUCAAUAAUAGAUAGUCUUAGCUCUAAACAAAAUAUGGUCUAUACUCUGAGCCAAAUAUAUCUCCGCUCUACUGAUAAUAUAUCUCCGCUCUACUGAUACUGUUCAGAGUAAAAUAAGAUCUCCAUUUUAUUAUUACAUCUCCUUAAAUGCAGCUGAGCCCGCCUGUUCUGAGCUGACCCAGCAAUGUGAAACAAAAUAUACAACAUUAGCAUCUGUCCCGCAUUGGUCAUCAACAAUGUACCCAUUGUGCCAUAUGAAGGGAAGUAGUCAACGCAAUAUAAUAAUGCUUAUUUGUAUAAAGUUAAAGUGUACAAUAAAUUAUGAAUUAUGUGUGCAGAUAGAGACAAGUUUAAUAAUGACACCAUCUAAUCCCCAGCAGCCUAGAAUUUUCUGCCACAACAAAUUGACGCAGGAGGACAAUUUGUCCGCCAAAAUUCAGGCCUAAUGUUCAAGGAAUGUUGUACCAGAAGAACUAAGAAAUUGUGUAAUUGCCUCACCAAUAGCAAGAAUGUACAUUUCAUUUCCAACAUUUGAUAGAUGGACCUUAUCAGUAUGAUAGAAACCCUGAGUUUGAGUAUCUAUAGAUUUCAUGUUAAGAGCCCUGCCAUUAGUAUGAUUAAGGGUAAAAUUUGACAUUUGUCUAUUAAUGGAUAAACGUUUCUUAUUCAUGUUACGAUUAUAUACAGCUGAUUGAUUAUUGUAUGACCAGGAUAAACGAGGUAGUAUGAAAGUCCAGACAAUAAGUGAUCUGGGGAAAUUAGAAAAUAAAUAUUCGAAUUCA